UCAAAUAUUUGCGGGGACCGUGUGAGAAGGAGGCUCAAAUAGCGAGCGAGAGAAGCUCUCAGAAAAAGAGGCGGUCGUUGCGAACUGGCGAUAGAUUGCAAGACCCGCCCAAGUACCAACCAACUCGGAGGCUCAAAUAUUUUCUCUCAUUUGGUGAAAGGAAGAAGAAGGGUGGUGGUGAUUAUUUCUGAUGAAACCCCAUAAAACCUAAAAAUCUCGAUAAUGUUUCAGCUCUGCAAUUGCAAUUGCACCCUCUCCUCUCUCCUCCCCAUCGUCCUUCCCCUUCUUCCUCUCACCUGAACCCCCUCUUUCUCUCUCUAUCUCUCUCUUUCUCCUCCCUGAGCCAUGCCGACUUUCACUGUCAUAGCUUUAGAUAGGUUUAGAACCUGGAGCUUCUUCCAAAUCUGCUGACAUGUCAUCUCUUCCAAAUUCCAAUUCGAAGCCUUUUUCGAGUUCAAUGCCGGUUCCUGACUCCAAGCUGGAGAGGAGGAACAGCACCUCCGUUGUGGAGAAGAGGCCUCAUCGACCUCAGAUUAGGCCGGCCCUCUAUGCUACUCCGGAGGCCACACCGCUCCCGGAUUUGCCCACUUCAUUUCCUCCCUCGCCUUACAUCAUCAACCACAAGCGCCGUGGUCCAAGGCUUAUGAAGAGUUACUCGGAGCAGGAUGUGUCCUUGCACCAAAAAGCUGGAGGUGGAGAGAAGCUCAAUGGGGAUGUCAACCGUGUGGAGGCCAAGGCGGUGAAGCUCAAUGGGAAUGUCAGCAACGCAGAGGCAAAGGUGGCAAAUUCACCUGUUGAUGAUUUGAAUACUUUUACUUUUUCGAAGCCUGUUGAAGUGCGUCAUUCGAACGGUGUCCAUCAUUUCGUGAGCAGUAAUGGGCAACUUAGAGGCAGUAAUGUGGAACUAGGUAGUAGUAGCGAGCAUGAAGAUAACUUCUAUGCGUCCAACAAGAGAAGCAGUGAUGUGGAACUGAGUAAUGGUUCUGCUAGGGAAGAUGAUUUGUUGAAGCAAGUUGCCAUGAGUCCAGAGAGAGAUAGUGAACGUGAAGAUUUCGUUGAUCCGAAAGACUCCAUGAGUGUCGCAAGUUACAACACUGAUGGAGAGGGAAAUUUUGGGGCAGAGCGUUCUGCACAGACCAGUACACCCAUGGGGGAAUUUUAUGAUGCUUGGGAUGAACUUUCAUCUGAGAGCGGGCAAGGGCAGCAGCUUUCUGUUUCUGACGUUGAAGUUGAAUUGCGUGAAAUGAGAUUGAGCCUCAUAAUGGAGAUAGAGAAGCGGAAGCAAGUAGAAGAAUCCUUGAAUAACAUGCGAAGGCAGUGGCAGAGGAUUAGGGAACAAUUAUCUCUUGUAGGAUUCACACUCCCUGAAGAUCCCACUGUUGCAAGUGGUCACGAGCUACUAGGUUCUGAUCCUGCAGAAGAUCUGUACCAACAAGUUUAUCUUGCUAGGUUUGUAUCAAAUACCAUUGGGAGGGGAUUGAUAAGGGCUGAGAUGGAGAUGGAGAUGGAAGCUCAGGUCGAGUCAAAGAACUUUGAGAUUGCUCGGUUGAUGGACAAACUUCGUAACUAUGAGGCUAUGAAUCAGGAAAUGGUUCAGAGGAAUCAGGAUGUUCUCGAGAUGGCACGGCGUGACAGGGAGAGAAGGGAAAGAAGACAGAGAUGGGUAUGGGGCUCAAUCGCUACUGCCCUUACUCUUGGCACUGCAGCCUUGGCAUACUCAUAUAUCCCGUCUAGCAGGGGAUCGCCAAGCUUUGAUUCUGAGGUUCCUGAAAGGAGUGAUGCAGGCAAAUGAUAACAACUUUACGUAGCAACCGUGACCCUAUGCCAUAAAACAGGAGGAGAAAGUAAAAGGUCUUUUAAUAUGCCACACCCUUUGUGGAUUAACAUUCUCUCGCUCUUUUACAAGUCAGAUUUUCCUUUGAUCUGAGGAUGUACGUUUCUACAGCAAAUAGUUCAAGUUUUGGACCUUACUGGCAUAUUGGAAGGUUUAUAGAUCACAAUUAGGAAGUCAUAAAGUUUGAAGCUUUGGGUUGUCUCAAAGCAAUUAUACACAAUUUGUUUGCCCGAUAAGUAUUCAGUUUUGGAAAUAGUGCUUGUUCACGGUGCUACACAACCCUUGGAAUUUUUGGUCGAAGGCUAUUUGACCUGCAGUUUGAUUUGCCCGUAUUCCAUGUUUUUGCAAUUUCAGUUUGAACCGAAUUGGGUUUUCGCA